AUGAAGAGCACGCCGGAAAUAAGGAAUCUUGGCGAGCUCGCUAGCGCUGCAGUUCCACACAACGUCGCAUUUGUUCGACGCGAUUCCGAUCGACAAUUGAACACUCUCGAUUAUGAUGCCGUUCUAUUUGUCUUAAAUUCCAUUGAAACAAAUUUUGAUGACGUUCGGCAUCUCCAUCAGAUGACUUCAGCGAGGAUCUUGCUUAUUGCCAUUGAAGCUAUCGAAAGUUUUUAUUACAAUUUAGCAAAUUAUAAGGUCCCCUUGCGAUUAAACGUGGAAAUCGCCGUUGCCGCCGCAAAAAGUCGACACCUGAUUGGUCGAGUUCUGAGGCUCUACAAAGACGCCACCAGUAAUGACAACCUGGGCUUGGCGCGUGGUGAUGAUGAAUCAUUUUUAUGUUACGACGAUAUUGAACGUUCCACUGAUGAAAUUAAAAGAGCGAUUGCGCGAAAAUAUUCGACAAGUUUGAAGGCAAUCUUUAUGAAUAUUUUGAGACGGUUAUUGUCACAAGCGAAGGAGCAAAGAGAGUACUCGCAGUACAAUAUUAUCGCACUUAAGCGUUGGCUAUUCGAGAAACGAAGUCUCAUCGAAACUCUCAAGAAACAAAUUGGUGUCAAGAACAAUGAGAUUUCUAACUAA